GCAGGAUUUAGGCAGCCGCUAAUCUCACCGUGUCGCUUUGCAGGAAGGGAGGAGCGGAUCCAAGCUGGGCUCGGGAGGCCGCUGCCGCAAGGAGAGACUUGUUUUGGGCAAGGCGUUCGGCGCGGCAGAGUGCGGGGGAAUUAGUGAAAUAAUCUGUCGCUGUUGAUCCCAGAGGCGGGAAUUUGCAGCUUCGUGCCAGGCCCCAGGCACGGAAGAGGGGGAGAGCCGGGCAGGCGAACGCGUGAGCAGAGAACUCUCUCGGCUGGAAUGCACCAGCUCAGCAAGGGAUUUUCCUCUCCGGGCCGGGGCACAGACAGUGCUGAGUGAUCCCAGCGGCCGGGCCAGCCGCUCGGGGGCCAUGGCAGCAGCGGAGACCCCCUCGAGCACCCUCCGGCGCCACGACCUGUGCAGCCGUGGCAUCCGCCUGGCCAGGAAGAUGCGCUCGGACGUCGCUGACCUCCUGGACGCCUACGUGGAGCGUCAGGGCCUGGACGCCUCAGUGAACGUGGCGGCGCUGGAUGGGGUGCCAGCGGCGGCAGCAGAGCGCUGGGGCGAGCAGACGGAGAGCCAGCGCCUCCUUGACAACCUGGCGGCCUACCGGGCUUUCCGAGCGCUGCUGACAGAGAUGCUGGAAGAGCAGCGGGACCAGGCGGGCCCUGCAGACGCGGCUUUGCACGAGGCCCUGGCAGCUGUCCUGCUCCAAGUCUCGGCUUUCGCCUACCACCUCGAGGAGCUGCUGCAGCUGGAGAGCCGCGGGCCCCCCGGCGAGGAGGGCGCCAGGCCGCCCGCUGGCCCCCACCUUGGCCUCUUCGAGAGGAAGCUGCGGGGCCUGGGGGUGCUGCGGGAGCUGGCCCAGUGGGCUGUGAGGUCUGCCCGUGACCUGCGGCAGCUCGCCAAGCCUGGCCCUGGCGGCGCUGCGGCCCCGGCAGGCCAAGCUCAGAGCCAGUGAGGCUGGGCACGGGGUUGGGGGGGAUAUGCAAGAAUCUUUUGCCACCCUUAUGGGGUCUUAGAGCAGGUUUGGAGGGAGAAGAUGGGCCACAUGUGGCAAGGGGUGGCCACCGACUGGCCCGCUUUUCCCACUGGGCAAGCUGAGGAACAGGCUGGCCUUCCCCCCGACCCGCUGCUGGAGGGAGAGGAGAGCUGCCCCUUUCCCUUGCCUCCAGCGGGGCGGCUUGGCAAGCCCUGGGGAUGAAUUUGGCUCUGCGUGCUGGGGAGGGGGUGUUGCAAUCCCCCUGCCUGCAAGCAGCUUUAAUUUAUCCACUGGGACCCAGCACCAGAGCAAGCCUUGCUGCAUUGCUGCCCUGGCACAGACCACGACACAACGGCAUUUUUGUUCAAAAAUCAGUUUUCCGCAGCCUAGUGCUGCCGCAGGAGGAAAGGAGGCACGGUAUGGUGCCCACAGCUGCCGAAUGGGACAUCUGGGGAAGCUGUCACACCCUGGCGCUCGCCGUUAAGCCUGCUGAACUCCAAAGAUGCUCUAAUGUCCCUAUGCUGGGAUUUCCCACCCGCCUUCCUGCAGAUGUGGGUUCCAGUGUGAGUAGGAAAAAUAAUUAAUUUUUAGAUGGAAAGGGCACCUAUUUAAAGGAGAUGUAGGAAUUGCCCUGGUAAAAAGCUGCCCCUCCCCUCCCAGUGGGGAAACUUGAGGAAGUUUUGCCCAUGUUACACAGUCCAUUUUGUCUCCCUGCUGCAGCUCUGGCACAGCUUGGCCAGGCUCCGAUAACGUGACCUUUUCUGCAUGUCGAAUUUCUGCUCUAACUGCUUUGGGGCUUUUUGGGGGGUGGGGGAAAUGAGUGAAUUUCUUAACAUGCCAGACAAGGUAACAAAAAGGAUCUUUUAACUGAAGGCCAUGAUUUGGAAGACCUUCCACAAGAAGGUUUGAGCCCUGCUCCCUGGUGCAGUGAGGGGUUAUUUUAGGGCUGGAAAUGGCAUGGAGAAAUAAAUAGCCCCAGCUUGCCUUGCCUGGUCUGCAAAACAGGGAGGGGGCGGGGGGAGCUGUGAGGUUUUUCAGCUGCUUGGGAUAUUGUUUUUUGUUUUUUGUUUUUUUUUCCUCUGCAUGGACGUGAUGGCUGCUGGCCACGGAGAGAAUAAAAGGGCUGGGUUA